GCAUUCCUAAUCAAACCGGAGGAAAUCAAGAAGAGUUCAUAAUCACCACCAUUACUGAGUUGCAAUCACUGUUAGUCCGCCUUUUAAUCAAUCUUUAUACGUUAACAAUUUCCAGUAAAAUGGAUUCGGAUGGGUUCGACGGCGAUGAAUACGACGAUCGAGCUUCCUCCGAAGACGAUGACUGUGAUUACGACUCGGGUUCCGAUUCCCACGAAAUCGCAGAUGCCGGAAUCCCCAGAGCUCCAUCGUGCAAGGUGAUUACAAGAGACUCUCUUCUGGCUGCACAGAAAGAGGACUUGCAAAGAGUGAAGGACUUGCUAUUGAUCAAGGAACAUCAUGUGCGGACAUUACUUAUUCAUUACCGUUGGGAUGUUGACAAAGUUGUAGCAAUCUUUGUGGAGAAAGGAAAGGAAAGAUUAUAUGCGGAAGCUGGGGUAACGGUAGAAUGCAAUUGCGCUCCUUCCGUAAGUGGGUCUGCUGCUAACAUGACAUGCAAAAUUUGUUAUGAUGAUAUUCCUCUUGCGGAGGCAACAACAAUGGAUUGUGGCCAUUCAUUUUGCAAUGAUUGUUGGGCGGGGCAUUUCACGGUCCAACUAAAUGCGGGCAAGAGUAAGCAAAUCCAAUGCAUGGAAUAUAAGUGUAAUGCAAUUUGUGAUGAAGUAAAGGUUAAGAAUCUGGUUGGUGAGAGGGAUCCUGAUUUGGCAUGGAAAUUUGAACGUUUUCUUUUGGAGUCAUACAUCGAGGAUAACAAGAUGGUGAAAUGGUGCCCAAGCAUACCCCAUUGUGGGAAUGCAAUUUAUGUUGAUACUAAUGAGUGUUGUGAUGUUGAAUGUGAAUGUGGUCUACAAUUUUGUUUUAGUUGCUCGUCCCAAACACAUUCGCCUUGUUCGUGCCUGAUGUGGGAGUUAUGGAUGAAGAAGUGCAGUGAUGAUUCUGAGACAGUGAAUUAUAAAGCCGUUUACACAAAAGAUUGCCCAAAAUGCAAAAAGCCCGUGGAGAAAAAUGAAGGGUGUAACCUUGUGAGAUGCCUGUGUGGACAACCAUUUUGUUGGCUUUGUGGUGGCGCUACUGGUUUAGCACACACGUGGGAUUCAAUUGAAGGUCACACUUGUGGCCGAUAUAAAGAAAACUACAAGGAAAAAAUUGUUAAUGCGAAAAAGCAGCUAUUGCGCUAUACUCAUUAUUUCAACCGUUACAAAGCCCAUAUUGAUUCUUUAAAGGCAGAAGCAAACCUGAAGCAAAAGUUGCAGGAAAGAGUUUCAAAGCUUGAGUCAGGGAUUGCGGCAUCAAUGGACUUUAAAUGGGUGACAAAUGCACUUAACAGGCUCUUCCAAUCAAGACAUAUCCUCGCGCAUUCCUAUCCAUUUGCUUAUUACAUGUUUGGUGAUGCCCUGGCUGAGAACAAAAUGACCCUAAGAGAGAAGGAAAUAAAACAACACCUUUUUGAGGACCAUCAACAGCAGCUUGAGACAAAUACUGAGAGGCUCUCAAUGUAUUUGGAACAGCCUAUUGAUGAGUUUGCAGUAAAUAAGGUUGCUGAGAUGCGGCUGAAGAUCAUCGCUCUCUCACUAGUCAUCAACAAUUUCUGCAGAAAACUGUACGAAUGCAUUGAAAACGAUUUACUGAUUCAUUUACCGUCCAAUCAUACUGUAGCUCCUUAUAGAUCAACAGGUGCGGUAAAAGUAAAAGCCUCAGAACUGGCUGGUGAUGUUUGAAUGGAUGAGGAGCCAUUUUAACUGCUAUGGAGUACAGUUUAAUAAUCUAGGGGUAGCAAUGAUGUGCCUUUUUAGAUUGGGUUAUGCUAGAGUUACACCAUGGACGACAUCAAUGUUGACGCCGCAACUUUGAUGUUGUCUAUGUAUUUAAAGUAGCAAUUUUCCUUUUAGAUUAGAUUACAUUAUUUAUUCUUUUUUUCUCUUUUUGUCAUGCAUUUUGGUUAGUGAUUACCACAUUUUUCUUCAAGUACUUCGUAAUUUAUGCAAUAUUGCAAUAAUGCAAUGUAAUCAAA